GUGAUAAUUAUUGAAUUUGUAUGGCUUGGUGUGCAUCUCUCUUAGCCGUCCAUCCAUCCCACCAUCCAACCAUCCAUCCAUCCAUCCAUUGUCAAUGUGAAAAAAAUAAAAAAUAAAAAAUCGAAAUCGACUUCACAAAUUCUUCAUCAUUAGGAGCUACUUUCCACAAAAUAAUAAUCAUAAUCAUAAUUAAGAACCAAAAACGAAUCAUCCUAAAAUAAUUAGCUGUCAUGUCAUGAGUUCUACGUCGCAAACUACUACUACUACUACUACUACUAGUCAACUUUUUGCUAGGCGGAUUUAAAUUUUCUCCAACUCCUGCUGCUGCUGCUGCUGAUGAUGAUGAUGAUGGGAUGGUGGUGAUGAGGAACCUGGGUGAAUAUAUAUUUUUUGGCAAUAAUUUUGGAGUCAUAUCUGCUAUAUGCUACUUAUUUCUCAUUGUCAUGUUCACCCUGCCUCUUCACACACUGUAGAUGACAUUUGGUUAUCAGACGGACUGAAACUAACCUCUUUAUUUUUUUUUAUCGUGUAAUCGAAUUCUCCAAAAAAAUUAAAAAUUUCAACUCAAACAUCAACAUUACAAAUGAAUAUCGGCUUAGUAAUUCACCUGGUAAUAGUAAUAUGCUUAUUAACACAAUUCAUUAUCUAUCCAUCAUUGACUGAAGACGUCGUCAGAAGAGAUCCAUUCAGAAAAUACUCUGCUAAUGAUACACAUCAUUUGACGAGACACCUAAGAAGUAGUCCUGGCAGAAGAUACCCAUAUCAUAGACUUGCUAGAAAUCGUUUGAAUCAAACAAAUCGGUUUAGUAAAUUCAAACCAAUAUCUAUUGAGCAUAGAUUAAAUUUAUCCUACCGGAAUAAUUCAACUCAUAACAAUCACAAUAUUCAUGAAAGACUUGUCAAUGCGAAAGACUAUUUUAUUCCAGAAUCGAUAAUAUUUGAACCGGAAAAAGAUUUGGCACAAUUGUAUCCUCAAAGUUAUUGGCUUGAUCCUUGUAAAGCAACUGCCUACUAUGGGGAUAUUGCGUUAGAUGAAGAAGAAUCACAGGUGAUGACAUCGAAAGGCAUAGUAUUGUCAGAUGAUCCCUCUCAGAUAUGGAAUCUAGAGGAAACUGAAGAGAUGAACAACAAUUUACAAAACCAACCCAAGAGACAACACACACUGAAACCUUUAAAGGAUACAAAAGAAGCAUCUGGUGUACACGUCACGACCAGUUCAAACAGUCGAAAACAAAACUUCAUUCAACAAAAUAACACCAACGUGGGAAAUACUCAAUCUAAAAAAUUUAAAGAUGUCAACGAUGGGAGAGGAAGUCGAAGAAAAAGAAGAAGAAGAAGACAGCGAAACAGGGAAGAACAACUCAGACGGCAAAAAUAUCGUCGACUUCUGGCUAAAACGGAAGCAUUUAUCCAACUAAAUCAAACCUAUUCAUCUCAAAAGCCUAACAAAUUAAAUCUUACUCCAGAACAAAUCAACACUAGGCGAUCUUAUCAAGGCAAAAGACGUUCAAGACGGGCAGCUACAGCGUAUGUCUCAAGAACAUGGCCCAAUGGGGUUAUACCCUACAUUAUACAGGCAAAUUUUUCAAGUGAAACAAAAGCUACAAUAAUGAAAGCAAUGCGUCAUUGGGAAAACUACACUUGUCUCAGUUUUGUUGAACGCCAACCACAACACAGAUCUUACAUAAUUUUCACUGAAAAGGCAUGUGGUUGCUGUUCAUAUGUGGGAAGACGUAGUGAAGAUGAACCUCAGGCUAUAUCUAUUGGUAAAAACUGUGAUAAGAAAGGAAUUGUGAUCCAUGAACUUGGUCAUGUAAUUGGAUUUUGGCAUGAACACACUAGACCGGAUCGAGAUGAACAUGUAGAUAUUCUACUUGACAAUGUUGUUGAAGGACAAGAUUUCAACUUUAAAAAAAUGGAUCCAGGUGAAGUGAACUCUCUUGGUGAACCAUAUGAUUACAGCUCUAUCAUGCAUUAUGCUAAAGGCACCUUUGCAAAAGCGAAUAAAGAUGAGACGAUCAGACCAAAAGCCUGUUGUCCUCGACCACCGAUUGGUCAAAGAAUUCAACUAAGUCCCGGUGAUAUUCGACAGACAAAUAAACUAUAUUCCUGUCCAGCCUGUGGUCGUACACUUCUAGAACCAGCUGGCAGUUUAUCCUCUCCACAAAUGGCAUGGAAAUUGGAGGAUCAAUUCCGUGGAAGUGCUAACGCUUCACUGUUUCCAGAUCCUAUAGGUAUGGAACAUUCAAUCCAAUUGGGUAAUGCUUUAUCCGUUGCACAUCUUCUACCAGACGACAGUGAGAAUAUGUAUCAUCCGUAUAAACCUUUAACAAACGGUAACAUCAUUGACGGUAAUGAAGACCAUAGUCUUAUUGGUAUGGUCAAUGAUGGUCAUUCGUACAAUUCAUAUAAAGGAUCAUUUAAUACUGAAGAAGUUUCAAUGAUUGCAAUGAGCCGAUCAUCAAAAUCAACUGUAUCCUCGGCAUUGGGAUUUACAUCAGCUAGUCCUAUAUUAUGUCAAUGGAGAAUAAAUGCAGCUUCUGGGGAGAGAAUUCGUUUAAAUUUCACUCAUAUAGAUAUAUCUGGACCUAUUACACAAGAUUCAAUGCCCACGUCGACUAAUUUGAAAAGUUCGCAUAAAACGUAUGAAUUAAAUCAGAAAUCUGUUCAUCGUAUUUCAUGUAUUAAUGAUUAUGUGGAGAUACGGGAUGGGUAUUACUUCGGUUCACCGUUAAUUGGUCGAUAUUGUGGUCAAACUUUGCCUCCACCACUAAUUUCAACUGGAUCACGUCUUUGGUUAGAGUAUAGACGAUCAGCUGGAAGUAUGACGACAGGUUUUAUUGCUCAUUAUGAAGCUAUCUGUGGCGGAGAACUACACAUGGAGGAAGGUACCCUGACGAGUCCAAAUUAUCCAGAAUUUUAUCGACCAAGUAAAGAAUGUAUCUGGCAAAUUAUUGUACCAGUUGGAUAUUCAGUCGCUUUGAUAUUUCAUUCUUUUCAGCUUGAAAAACAUGAUACAUGUGUAUACGAUUACCUGGAAAUCCGUGAUGGAUUAAAGGAGACAUCUCCGCUUUUGAAGAAAUUGUGUGGAUCUCAAUUGCCUACGCCAAUAAAGUCGACGAAUAAUGUGAUGUAUGUGAAAUUUGUAUCGGAUAGUUCUGUAGAGAAACAAGGAUUCACAGCCACUUUUCAGAAAGAAUUUGAUGAAUGCAAAACAAUGAAGCAUGGUUGUUCACAUACCUGUGUCAAUACACUCGGGGGUUAUCGAUGUCAAUGUGAAAUAGGUUAUGAACUCAAUGCAGACGGAAAGCAUUGUGAAGAUGCUUGCGGUGGUGUAAUAAACGAGUCGAAUGGUACAAUACAAACUCCAUCAUUUCCUGAUCUGUAUCCACCUCGGAAAAAUUGUAUUUGGAAAAUUUUAGCACCGCCUAAAACAACAAUAUUUUUAAAUUUCACACAUUUUAAUUUGGAAGGCCGUAAUAGAGAAUGUAGAUACGACUUUAUCAAUGUGUAUAGUGGUCCAACAGAUAAUCAAAAGAAAAUUGGUACAUUCUGUGGAGAUCAAAUCCCACUGCCGAUAACUUCGCAUACAAACGAGUUGAGUAUUGAAUUUUAUUCUGAUAAGUCAGUACAACGUACAGGAUUUCGUGCAGUAUUCUUCACUGAUCGUAAUGAAUGCGAUGAUAAUAAUGGGGGGUGUCAACAUUUGUGUACAAAUACAAUCGGUUCCUACUAUUGUGCAUGUCGACCGGGUUUCAAUCUCUAUGGUAGAUAUGAAUGCAAAGAAAAUGUUGAAACUGGCUGUCAGCAAGACAUCUCCUCACCUGAUGGAGAGAUAAUCACACCCAACUGGCCAAAUGAAUAUCCUAUGAAACAGACUUGUCAUUGGAAGAUAACAGUUACACCUGGUCAUCGUGUAAAAAUUAUAUUUGCCGAUUUCGAACUUGAACCGCAUCAGCAGUGUAUAUACGAUCAAGUGAUAGCGUAUGAUGGACCAACAAACACUUCAGCUGUUCUCGGUCAAUACUGUGGAAGUCAUAAACCUGGACCGAUUAUUGCAUCACGUAAUCAAUUACUGUUAACAUUCAAUUCGGAUUCAUCAGUACAACGUAAAGGAUUUAGAGCACAACAUACAACAAUUUGCGGUGGUCAUUUAACCGCUGACAAUGCUCCACAGACAAUCUAUUCACAUACGAAAUUCAGUGACUUAGAUUAUGAAUCCAAUCAACAAUGUUACUGGACGAUUACACCAAAACUGGAGAAUCAUACAGUCCUGCUAAGAUUUCUCUACUUUGAAGUUGAAGAAGAAACGCUAUGCACAUACGACUAUCUCAGAAUUUUUGACGGAGCCGAUACGAAAGGCAAACUUCUAGGUGGAUUUUGUGGGCGUACACUCCCGAAUACGUUUUUAUCGAAUUCUGGCCAGUUGUAUCUUCAAUUUGUUAGUGAUGAUACAGUAGGGAGUAAAGGAUUCCAAGCUCAAUACCAAAUGAUUCCAUAUGGAUACAAACUGCCUAAACAUGAAAUCGACUCUCAAGCACUAAUCAAUCAAGUCGCCACAUCAACAUCGUCUUCAAGCGUUUAUUAUGGUAAAAAUGAAAUGCUUCAACAGUAUCAACCAUUCCACGGAAAUCGUUAUCUCUUUCCACCUGCAUGGGGUACAGGAAGAAUUCGUUAUUUUGGCGAUACACGUCAUUCUGACAUGAUGGGGAAUUAUCAGUCUACGCGUCCAUUUCAGCAUCAUAAACAAGCCUAUCAACAACAACACCACCACCAACAACAACAACAGCAACAAUCAGCUAUACGACAAACGUAUCCUACAGUAUAUCCACGGAAUAACUUUUAUCCAAGACAUAAUGAAAGAUUCUCCGUUAACAGAGAAGAGAAUUCCCAAUUACCUUGGAGAUUUGCAUAUACCUAUCCACAACAGUUUAAGAGUUCAGCAAUGCCUAUGCUUAAUAAGAACCGUUUUGCUCCACGUCCACCCUAUAUAACUUAUAAUCUGCAUUCACCAAAUUCAGUUGUUUUAAAGACUAGAUUAUCCUCACCGCCUUCUCUGACACCACCACCACCACCAACAACAACAACAACAACAACGACACCAAAAGUGCAUACAUCCAGUCUCCUAUCACAAGGUUCAAUAAAUUCACAAAAACCACGAAUAGGUAGUACAUGGCAUGUACGACCAGGUCGAGUUGUUUAUCAACCACAAUUAAGCAUUAUCAAUAGAAUAAUUCAACCAACAACAACAUUAUCAACACAUAGAAAUCAACGUAAUAUAAUCGAACAAGCAACUAAGAAGAAUUCAAUGCGUUUUCAUGUCAUGACUGAAAAUAUUCAUCAAAAUAUACCACACUAUUCUGGUGGAAGUCAAUGGAGACAACAGAAAACUCGACCAUUGAAUUCUAUCACAUUGUAAAUCGCAAAAAACUUCAAAGAAACAAAGCGUACGUAGUCUAAUCAAAAGUUUGUGAACGUAUAUUUAGGUAUAUUUUUGUGUGUUUUUUUAUCAAGGCGGUUGUUAUUCAAUAUUAUUUGUCAACAGGUGAAAUAGACACAAAAUGGAAACAAAAUGAUGAUAUUUGACAACUUGACUAUUCAUUGAGAAUAUAAAGACUUUUAUUCUUUUUUUUGUUGUUGUUGUUGGCGGUGGUGAUGUUGGUGUUGGUAUUGUUCUUUGGCUUCUUCACCUUCUUGUGUAUUAUAAUCGCAAAAUGAAACAUUCUCUCUAUUUAUUGUGUUAAUUAUAAUUUAUAUAAAUUAGGCAAUGUUUAACUGUCUUGCAUUUCAAAGUAUACUCCACUCUACUAUUAUUACUAUGAUUAUUUCAAUUUCUCGCUUCGUGUCUCUCUCACUUUGCUGAGCAUUCUCGUGACCUAGAAGAUGACCGGGUGUAACAAACACUUAAUGACCACUGAUCGGAUGUAAUAUUUCUAUCGUUAUAAUUAUUAUUAUUAUUAUUAUUGCUGUUGUUACUAUUAUUAUGACGAUGAUUACUACGUUAAAAUUUUCAUAAUCUGUCGUAAAAACACUUUGAAUUUGUAUCACUGAAUUGUUAACAUACAACCUAACUGAGUAACUUCUACAAUUAAUGUUUCUAUUUUGAAUUGACUUUUGAUGUUUCUGUUCGAUUCAGUUUGAUUUUUUUUUUUUGUUUUUAUUGACAACGUGUUUGCCUAGGAUGAGAUGGUGAGUGGGUUUGAGUUUCAGCGAGAAUACUAUCAGCCAGUCAGUCAGUCACUCACUGACUGCUUGUGGACGCGGGGAGAGAUGUAGGUGUUGUACACACUCUCUCUCUAGGUUAUGAGAACUAAAAUAGAGCGAAAUGAGUGCUAUUGUGGAUUCCACUGUUAGUUGUCGUUCGUUCAUCAAAUGAGAUACAGUAUUGUAUGUAUUGUUAAGAAACAAAAGCAAAUUGUUAUGUUCGGCUGAACCAAGUUUCCGAAGGAGUAGUCUCACUUUGGUCGAAUCAUUUAGGUGAGCGCAUUCAACCCGGAACACAUCUUCAUAACGUCGAAACCAAGCUUCAAACGUCACGCCUGUUGAAGGUUCGAAAUUGAACUCUACAAUUGAACUCCCAAAUAGAUUCGGUUUUCUCUGAGUUGGAACUGCCGAGAUUUUGAAUUGAAAACUGCUUCGUAAGUUUUUCAAUCAAGCUGAGCUGGUAAGCUUCAACCUGUUGCUGUUGUUGAUGAAGGAGAAGUUGCAUUUGUUCAAAUGAAAUUGUCAUUUGGUAGACAGGCUGGAUGUACACUGGAUGAUUUGGGUUUUAUUUGACUGUAUUGAACUGCAUUGGAUUCGAAACCGCGUCGCCAAUUGUUAUGAUGCUGGAUCGUUGUCUCGAGGUAACUGCUUGACUACUGACCAGUGCCCACUUAUCUGGUAAAGCAGAACACGCGAUAAUCAGCGAU